GAAACCCUGCAUAAACCUCUGACGACAUUGACAAAAGAAAGAAAAGCAAAGUUAUUCUUUCUUGGCCCCUGAGGAAACCCAAGUCUCUCUCUCUUUCUCUCUCUCUAUCUCUGGGUCUCUGCUAUGAAUUUUUGACUCGAACUGUAGCAGUGGAAGCAGCAGAGUCAUAGCAAGAAGACUCCUAUGUUGAUUAUUAUGGGAUUAGAGAGCUUUCUCUUUGGUGGGUAGGAGUGCCCCACGGGGAAGCUGAUACCUCUUCUGGUCCUUCGUCCUCUUCUUGUCAGGACGAGAUGGAGGCGGGCAGUGGAGCUGCGGUGAAAGACCCCAGGAAGAUUGCUAGGAAGUACCAGAUGGAGUUAUGCAAGAAAGCUUUGGAAGAGAACAUCAUCGUCUAUUUGGGAACUGGUUUAGGAAAGACCCACAUUGCUGUUCUGCUUAUGUAUGAACUGCGUCAUUUGAUUAAGAAACCCCAAAAGAACAUCUUUGUCUUUCUUGCUCCUACUGUUGCUUUGGGACAACAGCAAGCAAAGGUUAUAGCGGAUUCUACUGAUUUUAAGGUUAGUUGGUACUCUGGCGGCUCGAAGCGCUUGAAGAGCCAUGAAGAGUGGGAAAAAGAGCUUACAACAUAUGAGGUUUUUGUGAUGACCCCAAUGUUACUUCUCUCUAACUUAUCUCACUGCUUCAUCAAAAUGGACUCCAUUGCUCUUCUGAUAUUUGAUGAGUGCCACCAUGCUCAAGUGAAGAGCAACCAUCCUUAUGCUGAAAUAAUGCGGGUCUUCUACAAAGCUGAUCUCCCAAAUCCUCCACGAAUAUUUGGCAUGACAGCAUCUCCCAUUGUGGGGAAAGGUGCUUCUGACGCAGAUGGUCUUCCCAAAAGCAUCAAUAGUCUUGAAACCUUACUUAAUGCUAAGGUUUAUUCGGUGGAAAACUCAGAAGAAUUGGACUGCUUUGUCUCAUCCCCUGUUUACAAAGUGCACUAUUAUGAUUCCCUUACAUCGGGCAUGUCUGACUUCUGUGCGACUUGCUUUUCCAGGCUUGAGGAUAUAAGGCGCAUGUGUAUAUCAAACUUAAAUAGAAUUGGAGAGGAUCACCAGAAACUCCGGAAAACCAAAAAGAUGCUCAACAGGAUGCAUGAUAAUAUUGCAUAUUGUGCAGAAAAGCUAGGAUUCUAUGGAGCAGUACAGGCAUGUAAGAUCCUACUUGGUGGUGAUUCAUCUGAUCGGAGCUUGAUGAUUGAGGAAGAAGGAAAUGCUAGUGACUGUUCUCUAUCUGACUUAUACUUAUCUGAGGCUUCUGAUAUCAUCAGUUCUUACAUCGAAGAUAAUGGUAUGCCCGAUAUAUCCAGUGUGGAAAUUCUAAAGAAGCCCUUUUUCUCCAGUAAACUAUUAAGCCUUGUCGGGGUUCUUUCUUCCAUCAGGUUGCAGGAGAACAUGAAAUGUAUAAUUUUUGUCAAUAGGAUCGUGACUGCAAGAACAUUGAAUUAUAUAAUACAAAACCUCACAGUUUUGUCAUCUUGGAAGUCUGAUUAUCUUGUUGGGGUCCACUCUGUGCUGAAAAGCAUGUCAAGGAGGACUACAAACAUCGCACUUGACAAGUUUCGAUCUGGAAAGUUAAAUCUACUGGUGGCUACUAAAGUAGGUGAAGAAGGACUUGAUAUCCAAACAUGUUGCCUUGUGAUAAGAUUCGAUCUCCCGGAGAAUGUUAGUAGCUUCAUUCAAUCUCGAGGCCGUGCUCGGAUGCCUCAAUCGGAGUACAUAUUUCUAGUGGACAGAGGCAAUAACAAGGAGCUAGAUUUAAUAGAGACCUUUAAGAAGGAUGAAGACCGAAUGAAUUUUGAGGUCACCGCAAGAACUUCUAAUGAGGAAUUCAGCGGCAUUGAGGAUAGGAUAUAUAAGGUGGACUCUUCUGGUGCUGCUGUAAGUUCGGGAUAUAGCACCUCAUUGCUCCACGAGUAUUGUGCCAAACUCCCGCAUGAUGAGUACUUCGACCCCAAGGUGAAAUUCUAUUACUUCGACGAUUUAGAUGGCACCGUGUGCCACAUCAUUCUACCACCCAAUGCUCCAAUCCAUCAGAUUGUGAGUGCACCACAACCUUCAAUGGAAGCUGCUAAGAAGGAAGCGUGUUUGCAUGCGAUUGAGACUCUACAUGAACUGGGUUCUCUGAAUGACUUUCUCUUAGCUCAUCGAGACAAGCCUAACGAAGACCAAGAACAACUGAUCAAUUCCUUUCCCCACCGCGGUGAAGAUGACUCUUCGCGAGAAGAAUUGCAUGAGAUGCUUGUUCCAGAUGCCCUCAGUGAACCUUGGUCUUAUGAUGAAAAUGCCGUUGUCCUCUGCUCUUACUACAUGCAUUUUCGUCCCGAUCCUGCGGAUAGGGCAUAUAAGACAUUUAGUCUUUUUCUGAAGUCCCCUCUCCCGGAAGAGGCCGAGAAAUUGGAACUUGAUCUUCAUCUUGCCCGUGGUCGAUCUGUGAUGACAAAGCUGGUUCCAACUGGACCUGUUGUAUUUGGUAAAGAUGAGAUUGUACUUGCGCAGAAUUUUCAAGAAAUGUGCCUGAGGGUGAUCCUUGAUCGAUUCGACUUUGUUUCUGAAUAUGUGGCUCUGGGCAAGAGCAAUUCGAGUAGAUCAAGCAUGUCAAAGUUCUACCUUCUGCUUCCUGUCACAUUGGGGAGAUCUCACAAGACAAUCUCCAUAGACUGGACUACCAUCAGGAGAUGUUUGACAUCCCCGAUCUUCGGCAGGCCCGCUAAUUCUUUGGAGGACGAGAGUAGAUCUCCUCCUUUUGAUCUUAUUAUUCUUGCCAAUGGUACCAGAAGCCGAAGCAAUGUUGAGAAUAGUUUGGUGUAUGUUCCUCACAAGAACUGUUUUUUCUUUGUUACUAACAUCAACUACAAGAAAAAUGGGCACAGCUUGUACAAGGAGACGGACUCUACAACUGUUGCAGAGUUCUUAAGAAACACGUUUGAGAUUUCGCUCAAGUACCCCUGGCAGCCCCUUCUGCAUGUAAAACCGCUGUUCAAUUUGCGGAACUUGCUGCACAAUAGGAAGCAAGAGGAAAUAGAAGCACAUGAACUUGAUGAGUACUUCAUUGAUGUGCCGCCGGAGCUCUGUGAGCUGAAGAUUAUGGGAUUUUCCAAAGAUAUCGGGAGUUCGAUGUCUCUAUUACCAUCUCUCAUGCACCGUCUCGAAAACUUACUUGUGGCUGUUCAACUGAAGGACUGGUUGGCCUCUUCUUUCCCAGAGGGAGCCAAAGUUACUGCUUCUCGGGUCUUAGAAGCGCUCACAACAGAGAGGUGCCAGGAGAGGUUUUUCAUUCAGGUUCUUGGUGACUUGGUGGAGUCUUCCGUGGGAGCGAUUCUUCUUGACAAUGGGUUUGACCUACACUGCACUUGGAAGAUAAUGUUAUCCUUUCUGAAACCGAUGAUGAGCUUCACGAGCUUUCAGCUCAACCCAAUCAGGGACCUCCAAGAACUCUGCCAAUCUCGUAACUGGGACCUGAAAUUCUCAACGGUAAAGAGGGGCACGUUAUAUAUCGUUGAAGCGCAUGUGAUUGGAGAAGAUAUCCAAGACCUCGCCUCUGCAACCAGCUUGAGCAAAAAAGAUGCUAUAAGGACUUCGGCAGGAAAACUCUUUCUACAGUUAAAGGCCAAAGGUUACUUGCGGAAGGUUAAAUCGCUUGAAGAAGUUCUCAGGACGUGUGAGAAAAUGGAAGCAAGAUUGAUAGGUUUUGAUGAAACUCCCAUUCAAGUGAUCUCUCCUAUUUACAUUGAAGCUGAAACCUCCAAUAACCGGCAGUUUUCAAAUGAAAAUAAAAGGCCUAAAAAAGAAUCGGUUCCCAAGGGAACAGGUCCCCGUAAGCCUCUUGUCAAGCAGCAGCAACAGCAGACAAACGAGUUGCUGUUGAGUAAACCUGUUGCUGAUCCUCAGGCCCCUGACGGGUUGGCCAAAAAGUCGGCGAGAUCACGUUUAUUUGAAAUUUGCGCGGCUAAUUGUUGGAAACCGCCGACGUUUGAUUGCUGCAAAGAGGAUGGACCGGGUCACUUGAAGAUGUUUACAUAUAUGGUGGUUAUUGAGAUAGAAGAAUCGCCCCAGCUGCUCGUGGAGUGCUACGGGGAGCCAAGGUCGAAGAAGAAAGCAGCUGCCGAGCACGCUGCAGAAGGGGUACUUUGGUACUUGAAGCAUGAAGGAUACCUGCUCAAGGGCGGAUGAGAAGACAAGGGAACGUAGUGAGAAGUACUCUCCCUCGAGAUCUCUAUUUUAGUAUGGUCUCGGAGGUGAAGGGACGGGCAAGUGCUGUUAGUCGUGUAAGUGAUUCGCAGUUUGUUGGGCGGGCAGAGUGUCUAGCGAAUAUUGGAUUUGCAUUUUGGGGGAGAAGCAAGCAGCAGCAUUAGGAUGGAUUUGGUACAAGUUGUAAUUACUACAUUAAUGAAUCAUUUUCUGGGAUGUUGGUAUAUAUAAUUAUAUAACCGUAUAAAUAAAGAUAAACUUGUUUGACUCGGA